GUGUGUGUGUAGGGAGGGACAGGGAGGGACACAGAAAGAGGCGCGCGAGAGAGGAGGACGCAGGCAACGCUGUCAGACGCAACUCAAGAGUCCAAAACACGACUGGUGGGACAGUUUUGACAUUUUGGGAGACAGUUUUAUCUGAAGUGGACAUUUUUUUGGGGGGACAUCUGACGGGCUGGUUGCCAUGGACCCGCUGCUGCCCGUGGACACGGAGGUGAUGGAGCGAGAUGCGGACAAGGAUGCGAGGAGGAAGAUCCAGUUCUCCGUGCCUUCCUCCGUGCCCACCCAGCUGGACCCGCGACAGGUGGAGAUGGUGAGCGCGAGGAUUCGACGUCGGAGGCCGACACCAGCCACACUCUUCAGAUUGACAGACCCACCAUCACCAGAGGAAGAUAUUGGCCCUCACCAGUGGGUUCUGGGGGAAAAUGGAGCACUGAAAGCCAAACUGGUUCACACGUCAUCCUACCAGCCACCCUCACUUAAAGCUGUCCAGAGGAUGGCCCAGGCCCACCUAGCAUCCCUAGACAUGUCCUCUGUGGACAAAGAGGAUCCAUCUUCUGGGGAGGAAGAUGAGGAACGUGAGAAGGAAAGCCCGCAAACAGCCUCAGCUACAGAUCUAAGGGAAGAAAGCAAACCUCUCAGGGAUCAGUGUUCUCUGCCGGUCAGUUUGACAGGCAGUGCUGAUCCCAGCCGUCACCACGGAGAUGAAGAGGAGGCCAAAGAAAGCGAGGAGAAAAAAGGAGAAUGACAAAAGAAUAGGCCUCCGAUGGAGACAGAGUGUUAGUGUGGAACAGACUUGCAUAGCACACGUAUAGGCCAUGUGUGUGCGUGCAUGGGUGCACGUAUGUGUGUGUUAUUUGGGUCUGUGAGUGUGUGCAUGUAUGCGACAAAAGAGCUAAAUGUGGAAAAGACUGAGAGAGGAAAACAGAUGGACAUUGAGGAAGGUCAGAAUAUUAAUGAGCGGGAAUGAGGAAAAGUUUAACCUGAGACUUGUGAUGGAAAUCAAGUCUCGGUCAGACGAGGAAGUCAGGGCUAAAUUCCAAUCAGCCAAGGACACUGCACAAGAAAUAUGAGAACUGCAACGAACUGUGGCAUUUUCUCAAGCAAAUAAAUGCGUGUUGGUUUUUUUUUGGUUCAGGAUUUAACAGAAUUUAUGAGACUUGCUCCUUGAGUAGUUUUUUGUUUCGUCCAGAAAACCAUAUCCAUGUGUGACGAAUCAGAUUUUGAAUCACCUUUAUUCACAUCAUGUACAGGACAUGUCACAUAGUGAUACUGGUGCUAAAACACACAUCUUAACAACAACUAGAAAGAGCACAUGAUGCACACACCUCAAGAAAACAUAAGCCAUCAUGUAAAAUACAUACACACCAUCUUAGAAAUAUUUUACAAACAUGUAAGAUCGAUUUUAAGUGUUGUGCAAAAAUGUUUGAUGAGGUUGUUAUUUUAAAGUAUGUCUCACACAGUUCGGCCAAAUAUUAUAAGUAAGAUCCUGGGGCUAUUAUAUGAUACACAGAUAUGAUACUAUAGAUACCAGAAGUGUGGACUCAAGUCACAUAACUUGGACUCGAGUCUGUUUUAAGUAAAAAAUGAUCAAAAAUGUGAUGACUUUACACUGGACUUGUUAACAUCAAGGACUCCUGACUUUACUUGGAUUUAAGCCUUUUACUUGAAAAUGCUUUAUACCUUCCCCCAAGCCCAAAGAUUAAAAAGAAGGUAAAAAAAAGUGCGCUACAAAUCCUUCCCUUCUUGAAUCAACGCUAUUCGACACUUGAACCAAGGCUCCAACCCACUGAACCAAUUCAACAGUGUCAAAUCAAGUUGCAGGAGAGAACCAUGAAGAACUAACGAUACGUUACUGAGCACAAGUUAGAAAAAAUGAUACCAACCAUAAUUUUAUUCAUGUACAAAAACUACACAUAGUCAAUAAAAAACUAUUUUCCAGUAUGCAAAACAAGCAGGUCAAAAAUUACAGAUGGAGACGCAACAACAUUCAAUGAAAUAGCGUUAGUUUAGGCAGGACCCGAUGUCAAGCUCAGCUCACAUCCCAGCUACAUCAGCUGAUCUCAAACAGCCCAAUCAAUUGAUGGAACAGUGGACUGAUGGAAGGGAGUCAGCUGAUGGGUCACAUGAUUCCUUUCUAUGCAACUAUUGGCAAAUCUCAUAUAGGGCGCCCUAUUUAAACUGCUCUGGCCUGCCUACUGUGGCCUCCACCCCAGCUCCUCCUUUUAAUGCUAUGUCUGACUUAUCAGUGUCAUUUCUGUUUGUCAUUGAUGCUGCUCUGUUCUGUUCCUGAGGGGCUCUUUGCUGCUGCUCUCUCUGCCUUAGGCUUUCCAUGUAGACACAUGGAAGGGCAGGGAGGUGUACUCUCUCUGCCUCAGGCUUUCCUUGUUUGCACGUGGAAGGACAGAGAUGUGUGCUCUCUGCCCUAAGGCUUUCCAUGAAGGCGCAUGGAAGGGCAGGGAGGUUUGCUCUCUCUCUGCCUUAGGCUUUCCACGAAGGCACGUGGAAGGGCAGGGAGGUUUGCUGUCUCUGCCUUAGGCUUUCCAUGAAGGCACAUGGAAGAGGCUUUCUCUGUUGGCCCGAGGAAAGGCAGAACAGGCCCCAGAACAGAGCCAUACCGCCAAACAUAAUACUGCAAAUGGAAAUAAAGUUUUCUUUGACUAAAGCGGUCCUGACUGAACUACAAGUUUUAAAAAGCAUUGAUGAUUUUUGUAAAUGUAACAUAUUAUUACUCUGUAGUUAAAAUGGCAUCACAUUUGAUGAAGAGCACAUUAUGACUUGUUUAGGGCUUGAAACUCAAAGUUUAAGACUUUCGACUCAGAUCUUGUCUGCCUUGGGACUUAAGUGCAGAGAACUGAGACUUACUUGUAGCCUGUAAAACGAUGACUUAGUUCCACCUCUGUUAGAUACUAUAUUACAUGAUAUACUACAGCAUGAUUAAUAUACAGUAUUCAAUAAUAUUGCAGAGCCAGUCCCUGCUGGAAUUAACCAAGGAGCUGUACGGCUGCUUCCAGAGUCACAAAACUGCUCUUUCAGCUUACUUUUCUCAACCUUGUAGAUGUUUGCGUGCAAGGUCAAGAAAAUCAGAGGAUGGAUUACAAACGAUUUGAGCGUAGUCACAGCCACAGCAGACCAGAUUAAAUCAUAUCAGACUAAUCCAACUAAUCACGAUAAUGCGGCACAGUUUUUCCGGUUUGAUAUUAUGAACAGGCUUUUUGUAACACAGCGAUUAGCAAGCAUGAUCUGUUUGGUACGACACAGAUGAUAGGUGGGAACUGAAAGAAGACCUAUUUUUACAAUACAUAUAUAUAUAUAUAUGAUGAGUGUGAAGGUUUGUUCUUGACCUUGUAUAUAAAUGUUUUGUGUUGCUGAUCAAACAAGUUUAAUGGGCUAUUGUUGUUUGUGUGGUUGUAUGUCUGUUAAAAUUUAAUCUGUAGGAAUGUGCAAUGCUCCAGUCAUAUUUCUUUUCUAAGAAAAGAAAGACAAAAGGCUUUAUUGGGCAUUUCAGUUAUCACAUGAAGUGGAGAUGUAUCUUUGAUAUAUGACAAAGUGUAGUAUGUGUUUGAAUACAACAAAUGACAGCAGACAGUGAGUUUUA